AUGCCUGAAAAAGAACUCAAUUAUAUAAGGUCUGCGGACGCUGCAACAUCUACCGAGAAAGACGGUGGUGUGUUUGUCGAUGCUUUUGAAGCCAGUGACAACAAGGCCCCUAUGGGCAAAUUUGAGAAGUUUCGUGACUCUUUUAGGAGGUUCGACGAUACUGAAUUGGGUCUCGAUCCUAAUUUGUCUGAAAUUGAAAGAGCUGCUAUUAUUACUGCUAACUCUCCAUUAUCAAGAUCUUUGAAGAACAGACACUUGCAAAUGAUCGCCAUUGGCGGGUCCAUUGGUACGGGUCUUUUUGUGGGUUCUGGUACGACUUUGAGAACUGGGGGUCCAGCAGGGAUUUUGAUUGCUUAUAUUAUUAUCGGGGUUAUGAUUUACUGUACUGUCCAAUCUUUGGGUGAAUUAGCUGUGACAUUCCCAGUUUCUGGUGCUUUCGUUACUUAUAAUACUCGUUUUAUUUGUCCUUCUUGGGGUUUUGCCAUGGCUUGGAAUUAUGCCUUGCAAUGGUUGGUCGUGCUUCCGUUAGAAUUGGUGGCUGCAUCUAUUACUAUAGGGUAUUGGGAUCUGAAAACCAGUCCGGCGGCGUUUGUGGCUAUUUUCUAUGUUUUGAUUGUUAGUAUUAAUUUCUUCGGUGUCAAAGGUUAUGGUGAAGCAGAAUUUGUUUUCUCCAUUAUUAAAGUUACCGCAGUUCUUGGCUUUAUUAUAUUAGGUAUAAUCAUCACUGCAGGUGGUGUCGGACCUCAAGGUUAUCUUGGUGGUAAAUACUGGCAACAUCCUGGUGCCUUUGCUAAUGGAUUCAAGGGUGUUUGUUCUGUUUUUGUCACUGCUGCUUUUGCUUUUGCUGGUACUGAAUUAGUUGGGUUAGCUUCCGCUGAAUCUGCCAACCCAAGGAAAACCUUACCAAAAGCCACCAAGCAAGUUUUCUGGAGAAUUGUUUUAUUCUACGUGAUUUCUUUAACCUUAAUUGGUUUAUUAGUUCCGUAUAAUACUGAUGAAUUACUUUCUACAUCAUCUGUUGAUGCAGCAGCAUCUCCUUUCGUUAUUGCCAUCAGAAAUGCUGAAAUUAAGGGAUUACCAUCAGUUAUGAAUGUUGUCAUCAUGAUUGCUGUUUUAUCUGUCGGAAACUCCUCUGUUUUCGCUUCUUCAAGAACAUUGGCUGCAUUAGCAGCCGCAAAACAAGCACCAAAGAUUUUCGGUUAUAUUGAUAAGAAGGGUCGUCCAUUAGUCGGUAUUAUUGUUCAAUGUACCUUUGGAUUACUUUGUUUCCUCUGUGCAUCUGAUAAGGAAAACGAAAUUUUCGGUUGGAUGAUGGCAUUAUCCGGUCUUUCUUCUAUUUUCACCUGGGGUUCGAUUAACUUCUGUCAUAUUAGAUUCAGAAGGGCAUUGCAAGUGCAAGGAAGAGACACUUCUGAGAUUGCAUUCACCUCUCAAGUCGGACUUGUUGGUUCAUACAUCGGUGUGAUUUUAAAUAUCUUGGUCUUAAUUGCCCAAUUCUGGAUCGCAUUAUUCCCAUUGGGUGGCUCGCCAGAUGCAUCCGCAUUCUUCGAAAGUUAUCUUGGUUUCCCAGUUGUUUUAGUUUUCUAUAUUGGUCACAAACUCUAUAGAAGAAACUGGAGACUUUACAUCAGGGCUAAGGAUAUUGAUAUCGAUACCGGUAGAAGAGACUUAGAUUUGGAUUUAUUGAAGCAAGAACUUGCAGAAGAAAGGGCAUUUAUUGCUGCAAAACCUUUUUACUUUAGGGCUUGGAAUUUCUGGUGUUAG